UAUAAAGGGGGCGGCAGCGGUGCCGGUGCCGCAGCGGUGCCGGGGCAGCCAUGAGCCUGCUGUUGGAGCCGCUGCUGGGCCCCCCAGGGGGGCUCCGCAAGGAGCCGGGCCGCGGCCCCCUGCGCUCCGCCGCCUCCAGCGGGUUCCACUCGUGGCCGGGCUCGGUGGUGCUGGGGCGGGCUCGGGGCGCGCCGGGCGCUGGCGGCAGCGCGGCCGCUUCGUCCACGGAGAGCCUGGACUCGAUGAACGGCGAACCGCGGGUGCGGAACGAGAAGGAGCUGCUGCAGGUGCUGAACGACCGCUUCGCGGGUUACAUCGAGCGGGUGCGGGCGCUGGAGCAGCAGAACCGGGCGCUGGCGGCGGAAGCGGCGGCGCUGCGGCAGCAGCAGGCGGGGCGCUCGGCCAUGGGCGAGCUGUACGCGCGGGAGCUGCGCGACAUGCGGGGCACGGUGCUGCGGCUGGGCGCGGAGCAGGGGCAGCUGCGCCUGGAGCGGUCGCGCCUGGCCGAGGACGUGGCCGCGCUGCGGGGCCGGCUGGAGGAGGAGGCGCGGCAGCGAGCGGAGCUGGAGGCGGCGGCCCGCGGGCUCGCCCAGCUCUCGGCGCAGGAGGAGCGGGCGCGGGGCCCGCUGGAGGAGCGCGCCCGGGCGCUGCGGGAGGAGGCGGAUCUGCUGCGGCGGCAGCACCGGGCCGAGGUGGGAGCGCUGCUGCGGGAAGCCCGCGUGGAGCCCCCCGCAGAGCUCCCCGCCGCCCUGCGCCCCGGCGUCACUGCCGCGCUCCGCGACCUGCGCGCCCAGCUGGAGGGCACGGCGGCGCGCAGCACCCUGCAGGCAGAGGAGUGGUUCCGCGUGAGGCUGGACAAGCUCUCCGAGGUGGCCAAGGUGAACACGGACGCCAUCCGCCUGGCACAGGAGGAGAUCGGCGAGUACCAGCGCCAGCUCCAGUCCAAGACCACCGAGCUGGAAGCGCUCAAAGGGACCCAGGAGUCGCUGGAGAGGCAACGGCAGGACUCGGAGGAGCGCCAUCAUGCAGAUGUCCUGUCCUACCAGGAAACCAUCCAGCAGCUUGACAGUGAGCUGAGGAACACCAAGUGGGAGAUGGCAGCUCAGCUCCGGGAGUACCAGGAUCUGCUCAACGUCAAAAUGGCCCUGGACAUCGAAAUUGCUGCCUAUAGGAAGCUCCUGGAAGGGGAGGAAUACCGGAUGGAGUCUGGCUUUGGGAUGCUGUCCUUCCCCGAGGUGGUCCCCAAGGCUCCCAGCAUCGCUGCCAGCAUCAAGGUGAAGAGCGAGGAGAAGAUCAAGGUGGUGGAAAAAUCCGAGAAGGAGACGGUGAUUGUGGAGGAGCAGACGGAGGAAAUCCAGGUGACUGAGGAGGUGACGGAGGAGGAGGAGGAGGCCGAGAAAGAGGCUGAAGAGAAGGAGGAGGAAGAGGAGGCAGCUGAAGCAGGGGGUGAAGAGGAGGCAAAGUCCCCUGAGAAACCAGAGUCCCCCUCAAAGGAGGAGCCCAAGAGCCCGGUGGCUGCCAAGUCCCCAGAGAAGCCCCCAAGUCCCUCAGAGGAGGCCAAGAGCCCAGCAGUGAAGUCCCCAGAGAAGCUUCCAACACCCACAAAAGAAGAAGCCAAGAGCCCAGCAGUGAAGUCCCCAGAGAAGCCCCCAAGCCCCUCAAAGGAGGAGCCCAAGCCCCCAGCAGUGAAGUCCCCAGAGAAGCCCCCAAGCCCCUCGAAGGAGGAGGCCAAGGCCCCAGCAGUGAAGUCCCCAGAGAAGCCUCCAAGCCCCUCGAAGGAGGAGGCCAAGGCCCCAGCAGUGAAGUCCCCAGAGAAGCCCCCAAGCCCCUCAAAGGAGGAGGCCAAGCCCCCAGCAGCCAAGUCCCCAGAGAAGCCCUCACCCCCCUUGAAAGAAGAGGCCAAGGCCCCAGCAGUGAAGUCCCCAGAGAAACCUGCAGCCCCCUCCAAAGAGGAGCCCAAGCCCCCAGCGGUGAAGUCCCCAGAGAAGCCCCCAACCCCUUCCAAGGAGGAGGCCAAGACCUUGACCGUGAAGUCCCCUGUGAAGGAGGAGGCCAAGUCCCCUGUGAAGGAGGAGGCCAAGUCCCCUGUGAAGGAAGCGGCCCCAGCCAAGGAGCCCACCCCGGCCGCUCCAAAGGAGCUGAAAGCCCCUGCGAAGGAGGAGCAGCCCAAGGAGACGAAGGCUUCCACCAAGCCUGGAGCUGAGGAAGCUCCCAAAAAGGAUGCCCCAGCCAAGGAGGAGGAGAAGCCCAAGGAGAAGGCACCGGAGCCUGCAGCUCAGGAGGUGAAGGAGCCCACCAAGCCAGCCCCCAAACCUGCGCAGGAAGGGAAAGCAGAGGAGGCAGCUCCCCCAAAACCACAGCCCGAGCCCAGCAAAGCGGCUGCGAAGCCAAAAGCCGAGGAGAAGGCCGAGGAGCCAAAGAAGGAGAAGGCCGAGGAGUCAAAGAAGGAAAAGGCGGAGGAGCCAAAGAAGGAGAAGGCAGAGGAGCCAAGGAAGGAGAAGGCCGAGGAGCCAAAGAAGGAGAAGGCUGAGGAGCCAAAGAAGGAGAAGGCCGAGGAGCCAAAGAAGAAGGUGGAGGAGCCAAAGAAGAAGGUGGAGGAGCCAAAGAAGAAGGUGGAGGAGCCUAAAGCUAAACCCAAAGAUGAGCCCAAAGCCAGUAAAGACCCUGCCAAGGCUGAGGUCCCCUCCAGCAAGGAGGGCAAAGCCCCAGAGCCGGCUGUGGGGAAGAAGUGAGCAGGGCCCCGGGCGCUGAGGAGCACCUCUGGGCACAGGAGCUGCUCUGCUCCUCACCAAGGGCUGGGCCAGCCUUGACCUUAGCACUAUGUCCAUGUGAGAGCCACAGCCCCUCGUGCCCUGCCCGAAGCUUCCCUAGCCCAGUGUGCCACGUUUAACACUUGAAUAUAACCCAGGAGAAGAGCCCCCAGCGCCCUUCUCCACCAAGUGCAUUUAUCUCAUGUAUGUGCA